AUGUCCUGCUCCUAUACAUAUCCCAAUGAUAAUACAAUCAAAACACUUUUUUGGACAAAGCAUGAAGUUGGGAACCCCUCUGAUUUGUCUAAAGACAUAGAUUAUAAAGGCAGGUUUCAUUACCUUGGAGAUAAACAGUCAGACUGUACCAUGAAACUGAUUAAUGUGACUCAGACACAUUCAAGGAGGUAUCGAUUCAGAUUUAUUACAGAUAAGAACAGGUGGCUUGGUCAACCUGGAGUUAGACUGUCAGUUACAGACCUACAGGUGGAGACUCCAGAGAGAGUAAUGGAGGGUGAUACAGUCACUCUGAAAUGUAAUACCACCUGUUCUCUGAGUAGCACACCAACCUUCAUCUGGUAUAAAAAUGGACAUGAUUUAACAAGGACAACCAUGAAGAACAAUGAACUCUCCUUCCAGUCAGUCAGCUCUGAGGAUAGAGGCAGUUAUAUGUGUGCUGUACAAGGUCAUGAGCAUCUUCACUCUCCUGCUGUCACUCUCAAUGUCAUACAUCCUCCAAAGAAUACCACAAUGUCUGUCAAUGCCUCUGGUGAAAUAGUGGAGGGCAGUUCAGUGACUUUGACCUGCCGCAGUGAUGCUAAUCCACCAGCCACCUACACCUGGUUUGAGAAGAAUGAAACUGUCACUAUAAGAAGAGAAGAGACCUACAGGAUCAACAAGAUCAGCUCUGAGGACAGUGGGGAAUAUCACUGCAAGUCCAGUAAUCAGCAUGGCCAUCAGUAUUCAAAUACCAUAUCCCUGAAUGUUUUAUAUCCUCCAAGAAAUACCACGGUGUCAGUCAAUGCCUCUGGUGAAAUAGAGAAGGGCAGCUCAGUGACUCUGACCUGCAGCAGUGAUGCUAAUCCACCACAGAUAAACUACACCUGGUAUAAAGAGAGUGUAACUUCACCUGUAGGAUAUGGACAGAGUUACAUCAUCAACAACAUUCAGUCCAGUAACAGUGGACUAUACUACUGUGAGGCCCAGAAUAAACAUGGCUCUCAGAAAACCACUGCUGUACCAGUCACACUGAAAGGUGUUUAUGGUCAGGAUUGGGGUGUCACAUAUAAUCCUGAUACUAUCUGUGCCCUGAGAGGUUCAUCAGCCUGUACAGGUUGUCCCUGUCCUCCACGAAUCGUAGGAUGGUGUGGCGAUGAUUCUCAUUUUCCAUAUGUGGAGCUGCAUUCUCUUGCUCUACCUCUGUAUGAGGGCUCCAUAAAUCCAUCAGUGUCCAAGAGCUUGGUGGCUGGCAGAAUGAUUCCCUAG